AACCGCUACCACCACGUCGAGCGAGCCCUGCCCGGUUGUUUAGAUCAUCCAUCCAUACAUUCGUUCGUUCCUCAUGCGUACCGUACGUCGGACUGAUUGAUUCAUUCGUUCCGCGAGCGUUGUGGUUGCUUUUGUUAUCUUUUGGUUUUGCAGCAUUUCUUCUGGCGGUCCGCCUUUUCUCUAAGCUACCUGCUCACCAGUCAAACCUGGUAAAAAAAAAACAAAAAAACGAACGAGCCAGCAACAUUGGCUGCUUUCAAUUUGAACUACCAACUUACAGACCUGCGCAAUCUCUGCCGCCCGAUAUCCCUGGCUGACUAACGUCGCCAGCCAGAAUUGUUUGCGAAUCCAACGCGCACAAUCCAGCGCCUUUCUGGUCUUCCUUUCGGCGAUUUUACCAAUCCCAGAAAACUUGAUGAAAUGGCCCCAGCACCACCGCCUCUACCGACGCGGUUUCCGUGUUGGUGCAGAGCCGUAUACUCGUGGGGAGGAGAGUCCAAGCGAGAUCUGGGGUUCAUCGAGGGCGAUUUGAUCGAAUGUCUGAACGCUGGCGACGGCUCUUGGUGGACGGGCAGGCUACGUAGGGAUCGACGCAUGGUCGGCGUCUUUCCCUCCAACUUUGUCGAGCUUCUUCCAGAUAACUUCCGGCCCAUGAGCAGGUCUACGAGUCCGCUUCCCCAGAAUAACACACCAAGCCCCAAGGAUACGCCCCAAAAGUCCAGGACUUUUCGAAAACCGUUCGAGGCCUACGCAAAAGCGCCGCAUUAUACGACAGCAAAGCAGCCCGAAACAUACAAGGAGAGCCCUACCCACUCACGCGAAGCUUCUGCCACAAGCGUUGCGGCAAGAGUCCCCAGUCCUGCGCCUCCUAGAGUCCAUCAUCAAAAUUCUCAUCGAGCCGUCAGUCCAGCACCGGCCCAAAGAUAUGAUGAUGUGAGGAGAGCGGUGAGCCCUGCCCCGUCGCACAGAUACGAUGACAUGAGGAGAGCUGCGAGCCCUGCGCCCACACAAAGAUAUAACGACAUGAGGAGAGCAGCAAGUCCAGCCCCAUCGCACAGAUAUGAGGAUAUGAGGAGAGCUGCAAGUCCUGCACCAUUACAGAGAUACGAGGAAAUGAGGAGGGCCGUGAGCCCCGGCGGCUUCGACGCUUUCGGGUCUAGAGCACCAUCUCCGGCUCCAUCAGAAAUUGCUUAUAAGCCAUAUCGGCCAUCAGUGGGCAGCUUCGAUUCCGCACAACAGCUCAACCUUCAGGAUGGUCCUGAGUCUCCGCCCCCACCAGCACCUCCCCCUCACCGACAUGUGCCACGGCAUAACUCAAAUAUGUCUUACGAUAGUCAGAAUGGUGCAGGCCUAGAAAGGCAUGGCUCGAACCUAAGCUACGAUAACCGACAGGUGGGUCGCAGCAGGCACGGCUCCAACGUACAGUACGACCAUCAACAGCCUGAGGUCGACGGGAGCAGAAAUGGCUCGAACGUUCCAUAUGGUCUGCGUACAACUGGCUACCAUACUCCCAGAGUGCCGUCCCCAUGUCCUCCAUCACCCGGCCUAGGACGCGGCGGGAUGACACCAUCCCCUCUGCGGGAAGCUAUGGAUGGCGUCAUGGAACAAUUGGGUGCUCUCGGUCUACCCCCUCAAAAUCCAUCGCCAGAACCCACUCCCUUCGAUCCUUGGUCUCCCGAGUCCUUCGAUAUGCUUCAUCAACAGUCGAGAAGACGCAACCACAAAAAGGAACAGUCCAGGCCACAAACUUCUAUGGGAAUCGCUAGAGCCGACUCCGGGUAUGAGACCUAUAGCGCAGGCUCAUCACAGGGAGGCAGUCAAGAGAAUACGCUUCAUGGCGUGGGCCAUGACCCGGAUGAACUUGGACUUCCACAACUAAGCAACUAUGUCGAAAGGAUGGAGACACGGCUGAGAAACAUGCACAAUCAGAGCUCGAGCCGAGUUGACGACGAAAUGGCACCACCACCUCCACCCAAGUCCCAGUCUUAUGACCGACCAAAGUCAUCUAUGGGAGGCAGCAUCCACGGCGCCUCAAGCCAAUCUGGAAGCCAGCCCAAGCUCCGACAUAGGAAGUCGGCGUAUGACGUCGGAAGACAAGUACUGGGACGCACAUUCACCACCAAAACGAAUUCCACCAGCACAUCCUCAGGAAAUCAGAGCACAACGACACAAAGUACAAGCCACAGCUUGAUGAGCGGUGUAUCUGCAGGAGGCAUCAGUGCUACCAGUGCCGGAAGCUUAGCACGAAAGAACCAGCACCGAAGAGCUCAAAGUGCUAUGAGCAUGCGCGAGCCGGAGUUGGACCGGCCAGAAACUCCGUUCACCGGCGUAACUUACCACAGCAGCCAUGCAUCCGAUGCCCAAGUGACGCGGCCCAAGUCGCAAGUCGCAUACCACAACGACGAUCCAAUGGCUAACAUAGGCGGCCUGGGAGGGUUGACUACACCCAAGACAAAAAAGUCCAACUUUUUCAAGAAAAUAUUGGAAUCUGCCAAGACUGGGGUGGCAAGCACUCGAGGCAGCAUCGCAACCGCGGGUGCAGGGUCUUUGAAUUCACCACGAGGACGUUCAACACCCACCGCAUUUGUUGGAAUUGCAGGCGGGCUGGCCGGUCCCGGCGCUGGGAGGGACACGGCAAGGGAGAUGGGCCUUGGAGCGGGUGUCGACUGGGUGCAGAUCCGUCGUGAUGUGAACCGAUCAAACACCCUGAGUCGAAACGAAAGGAGUGAGCGACGCGAACGCUGCCAGAUGAUGGACUACCCAGCUUUGGAUCCCGUGGACGAGCUCUACGGCAGCAUAGAUGGUGACGAGGGCGCGGACGGCAUGCCCGUGGCGGAACCAAUGAACUACGCAGCCAUCAACUUGAGCCAGGUGGACAAGAACUCGCGCUUCAUCAGCGGCCUACCCCCGACGACAACCUCGAUAACUUUGGCUACAACGUACGUCUGUAGGCCAUACCGUAGCGACGUGCAGCGGCUGCGGGCCAUCUUCACCUGGGUUGCCGAGAAGAUCUGCUGGGAGGAGGAUUACGAAGGCCAGAUUGAUACGAGGCGAUCGAUAGCAAGCAAACGUGGCUGCGCUGAGGAGUACGCCGUGCUAGUAUACGAGAUGUGUGCAGCGGUCGGGAUACACUGCGAGGUUGUGCGUGGCUACCUCAAAUCUCCUGGCGAGGUACCCGAGAUGGGACUGAUGCCACGGUCAAAUCAUUGGUGGAACGCAGUCCUUGUGGACAAUGAGUGGCGAAUGAUAGAUGCUUGCCUGGCCAGUCCUUCAAACCCGCAACGAGGCCUGUACUCCAGCGCAGGCAGUGGCGUUGCAGACCCCUGGUGGUUUUUGACACGGCCCACAGAGAUCUGCUGGACGCACAUUCCGGAACACCACGGACAGCAGCACAUAUGUCCGCCUGUGGCUCACGAGAUCCUCCUCAAUCUGCCAUGCGCCUCCCCUCCAUACUUCCGAAACGGCUUGCAUCUAGUGGACUACAACACAUCGUUGACAAGGAUCGAGGACCUCGAGAUGGUACAUGUCAAGUUCACUGUGCCCGAGGACGUGGAGGUGGCCGCCGAGGUCGAGGUGCGGGCCUUCUCCAGGGACGCUGAUGGCGACUAUUUCGAGUCCGGCGACGUGGUGAAGAAGCGAGCUCUGGCCCAGGCGGACUGGGUCGGUGGGGCAAAAAGAUAUACAGUCAAGGCUCUGUUACCCGGCGACGAGGGCACCGGAAUUCUCAAGGUGUACGCAGGAAAGAGGGGUCUGAUGCACAGUAUCAAAGACAUACCGCAUCCAGUGGCGUUUGCGGUGCCAAUAAUGCAUACCGGGGAGAACCCACCCUACGAGUUUGUUACGCGGCACCCGACACCGCAUGCGCAGAGGCACGACAUUUAUGUUGUGCAGCCCCAGUGCCAGCGCCUGGCGCUGAACAACACGUUUGUGUUUGCCAUACGACAACACCCCAGCUCGCUGGGGACGGGUUCCGCGAUGACACCAUCCUCAAAUCCAGGAGGCGCAUCGCCAAUACCGUUUGCAAGGCCGGGCUCGGCAAUGAGCAUGACCAGCUCUAGCGCAGCAGGAUCCAUGCCUAGUUCGGCAUCGACCAACGGAUCCGGGGUGGUGAGCGGGAAGAAGCCAGCCAAGUUGGCGAUCCAGACGCCCGGCGGCAAAAUCCUAAGGCUCAUGAGAAAGGAAGAGCGACGAAACGGGGCAGUGGGCGUCGGCGGCAGGACUGUCGGGUCUGACGAGGACGUGAGUGACGGCGGUACAUGGGAAACGAUUAUAAAGUGCAGUGAAAAGGGUGUCUGGCGUGGGCUUGUCCUGGCAGACAGGACGGCGAGAUGGUGCGUGUUUGCCGAAUGGGUUUGUGACGGCUGA